UCAAUCUUUUUUAUUUUCUUGUACAUUCGAAACUAUAAUCUGGUGGGUCCAUAAGCUUUUGAGACCCGGUUAUGCUAACCGCAUUUUAAACUCUAAUCUCAAAACUUCUUUGGGGUUUCUUUUGAGAAGUAUCAUUAAGAGGAAGGCUUUCAAUGUUUUACGUAAGCUUCCUGUAUUUAGUGAAUACUAUAAUAGUUGGGCCUUUAUUCAACAAGGAGCUCAACAUUUUCUGUACGUAAGCGACGGAGCAGACUCCGAAGUAGAGCGGCGGAAGCCACGUCGCUUCACCGCCCAUGGCGAACACGACCUGCUCGAACACCAUGGCGAGCAUCAGAACCGCCAUCAUCAGGGCUCAGCAUCUACUUUUUCGGUCACGGCCAAGAUAUGAUUAUUCCAAUGUUGAUAUAACUGCUAGUGAUCUCAUUAACCGGCUUUCUUUCCAGGCGCAACAAGAUAUCUCGUCGGUGAUGAAAAUAGCAGGCGAAACGAAGAAGAAGCUUGGAACUUUUGCCUCUGGCAUCUUCAGUGAUCUUCAGGAUAGAAUGCUGUAAGAAGAAAACGAGGUCUCUCAUGGUUUAAUAUUUUUACAGAGAAGAACGAAGUAGACGCAGCUCUUUGGAACUGGGACGUGGCCUAUUGAUGUUAUCAUCACCCUAUAUGGAUACUAUUGGAUAUGUCAAAUAUCCUUUUAUCAAUAUUUUGUUUGUUUGCAGAAAAAAGAUUUAAUUGUUAUGCUAAAGAUGAUAUAUACAGCCGUGUUUUUUAAUGUUAAUCCUGAAAAUAAUUGAAAGAUUAUAGAAACUUUUGACAAUGAC